GACGGUGCUGUCGGCUUAUCCCACGGGAAGAGAGUGUCUCGCGGCCCGCGCGUCAACGCACGGAGAUGAGCGGAGACGCUCGGCCGGGAGCUGCUCCGAGCACGUGCCAGGCGCGCGUAAGGCGCACCAGGCGACACCAGGUGCGCUAAUCGUCGACCAAUCGCGUGGUAAGAGAGUGGUUCGCGGGUCGCGGGUGAUAUAGGACAUUGCAUCCCGGGAGAAUCGCGGGAUCGGAGAAUCGCGCGAGUGCGUCGCGUCUAACCGGGGGAUUAGGAAUGACGCUGCUGCAGGCCCGCGGCGCGAAUGCCGCGCGUUCCAGGACGGUCCCCAUGUUCGCAGCGCUUGCACCGCUUCUCAUAUUCGUCGGCUUUGACGGCGUCGUGCACGGCGUCGCGCGUUCCGCCUUUCAUCAAGAGUCGGGGCGCAUUCCGGAAAAAGGAAAUGGUACGUCUGAAAAUGCAGGGUUUUUCGUAGCAACGUGCUUUUCGCUGCAUACGGGGCGAACAAUGCGGAAGAGCCGGUUGAGCCGGGAAGAAGUUGAAAUACGAGACAGGUGGUCGCCCCUAUCAGAUGCUCCCGUGCUCUACGAUUCGACGAGCACUGCCACGGGCCCGAUUUUUGUAUCACCAGUUGGAAAUCAAACUGCCGCGAUUGGCCGCGAGGUCGUCUUUUCCUGCAGCGUUCGCAAUAUAAGCAUUCGCAAGUACAAGGUUGGAUGGCUACGUAACUCGGAUCAGACAAUCCUCUCGAUACACACCCGGAUCGUGACGCAUAAUGCACGUAUCUCGGUUUCCUAUGAGAGUGGCGGAAGUUCCGGGUCCGGCGGAGCGUCCGGCGGCACUUUCGGAGUGACGGGGAGUAGCCAAGCAACGGAGGAAGUCGUCAACGGCACGUGGCGCCUGCACAUUCGUCAGUUGAAGGAGACCGACAGAGGUUGUUAUAUGUGCCAGAUCAACACCAGUCCGAUGAUAUCUGAGCUCGGUUGUCUCGACAUACACGUGCCACCCGAUAUCGUUUACGGAGAUACUAGCGCAGACCUGGCAGUAGCCGAGGGCGACAACGCGACUUUGAGCUGUCGUGCGACGGGACAUCCACCUCCGAGAGUAUCCUGGCGAAGGGAGGACGGGGAACCCAUCGUCAUAAGGGCCCCUACAGCCGGUGGUAGCGCUUUCGAGAGGCACGACCACUACAACGGUUCGCUGCUGCAUUUCCACCGUGUCGAGAGGCGACAAAUGGGAGCGUAUCUCUGCAUCGCCAGCAACGACGUGCCGCCAGCAGUUAGCAAGCGGGUGACGCUCGCUGUGAAUUUUGCACCCGUCGUAAAAGCACCCAACCAACUAUUGGGCUCACCUCUGGGUACGGACGUGCAGUUAGAGUGCUAUGUCGAAGCGUUUCCGAACACGAUCAAUUAUUGGGUAAAGAAUCAACGAGGCACGGAAGACGAAAUGUUAUUGGAGGGCCCUAAAUAUAACGUGCGAGAGGAACGUACGGGAUACACGGUCCUGAUGUGGCUUUUAAUCAAAAAAUUCACGGAGAAAGACGUCGGUAGUUAUAAAUGCGUCUCAACGAAUAGUCUAGGAAAGGCGGACGGAACUUUGAGAUUAUACGAGAUUAAAAUUGGUUUCGAGAGAGCAUCACGUGGAAAAGAUCACGUAUCCAUUAUCGGUGGAUUAGCCGAGGCUGCUCAAAGUUCCGGUGCCAGCAACGGCGUCGAAGGUUUCUCCGGAAGUGGUAGCAGCUUGUCGCACAUCCUAUCGAUGUUUUUCUUCAUACCAAUACUGUGGCCACGGUGAAGAAGGCAUCCAUUACUGGUCACCGCUAAGCUACUUAGUGCCGGAUGACUUUGUGCCAAAAAAAAGACAAGAAUGUAGAGAGAAUGUGCGAGUGCGAGAAAAGUACUGUAGUAGAGAACGUGUGGCAAAAGAGCGCUCAAAAGAGAGAAAAAAAAAAGAGAAAAAGAGAGAGAGAGAAUGAGAAUAAGAUAAUAAAUCGGAGUCUUUAGUGCUCCAAAUUCUUCCUACUUUCCUUUCCUACUCCCGAGGACAUUUUUAGAUCAAUGGAUGUUGUCAAUGUACGCGUCGCUUUAGAUUCGCUUUUCGCGGAUCGAUCGAGUAAGCUUGAUUCAUACGACUCGUAUAGCCAUCGCCAGAAAACAGACCGAAUCAAUAAAACAUUGUGCUAUAUAAUUUUGCCAUUUCAACAUACUUUAUGUUUUAUGCUAAAAAUAUUGUACAGCAUUCUCUUUCAGAACACGGAUAUUUCAACGUUGCUGCAAUUUUUCGAGGACGUUAAAAUAACAUCGCGGAAUGUAUUUGCAAUUAUUGCAAAAUAUCUUUGCAAUGUAUAAUCUUUCAUAUGGAUAAUCGGUUUUGACGGUAAUUGUACGGAUAGUGUGAAUCAGACUUGAACCGUCGACACGCGAAUCGAGGAAUUCGAAAGGGAGGGAUUCGCCAUCGCGGAGAUGCUUAAUGAAUCGACGAUAAUAAUCAACGGUCAUUUUGUCAUUGAUUUAUGCGCUGCUGACUGACUUUGAACGUCGGAAAACUUUGAUGUUUCGAAAUAAAAGUAAGGCUCGAACGUUGUAC